AUGAAUGCUGAGACGUGCGUCUCUUACUGUGACUCGCCCGCGGCCGCGAUGGACGCCUACUACAGUCCGGUCUCCUCGCAGAGCCGCGAGAGCUCACCUUCUUUUCGGGCAUUCCCCGCGGCUGACAAGUUCAGCACCGCGUUCCUGGCGGCCAAGGGCCAGAGCUACGGCGAGGCCAAGUGCCGGGGUCGCUACACCCCUCAGCAGCAGCAGCCGCCGCCGCCUCAGCCCCAGCAGCAGGACGCGGCUGCGCCCCUGGAGAGCAGAGCGGGCCAGGCGCAAAGCGGCGCCGGGCCGCGGGGCUCCUUCAGCAAGUAUCCGCCGCCCCAGCAGCCGCAGCCCCAGCCUCCACCGCACCUCUACCUGCAAAGGGGAUCUUGCAAAACGCCCCCGGACAGCAGCCUUAAGCUCCCAGAGGGCAGCGGCGGCCACAACGGGCCCCUGCAGGUCUCCUGCUACGCCAAAGAAAGUUCCUUGGGAGAAACUGAGAUAGCACCCAACUCUGAUGCGGUGGGGAUGGACAGCAACUACCUCGGCGUGAAGGAGGCUGGGGUAAAGGGUUCCCAGGACAGGGCCGGCACAGAUCUACCCAGCCCCAUGGAGAAGGCCGACUCAGAAAGCAACAAAGGGAAAAAGCGACGGAACCGUACAACUUUCACUAGCUACCAGCUGGAGGAGCUGGAGAAGGUUUUCCAGAAGACCCACUACCCAGAUGUGUAUGCCCGAGAGCAGCUGGCCAUGAGGACGGACCUCACAGAGGCUCGGGUGCAGGUCUGGUUCCAGAACCGACGGGCGAAAUGGAGGAAGCGGGAGAGGUUUGGGCAGAUACAGCAGGUUCGCACCCACUUCUCUACAGCCUAUGAGCUGCCCCUCCUUACCAGAGCUGAGAACUAUGCCCAGAUCCAAAACCCAUCUUGGAUUGGUAACAAUGGAGCAGCUUCGCCUGUCCCAGCCUGCGUGGUCCCCUGUGAUCCGGUGCCCACCUGCAUGUCUCCUCAUGCCCAUCCCCCUGGUGCCAGUGCUGGCGUCUCUGACUUCCUGAGUGUCUCCGGAGCCAGCAGCCAUGUGGGCCAGACACACAUGGGCAGUCUGUUUGGGGCCACGGGCCUCAGCCCUGGCCUCAACGCUUAUGAGCUCAACAGUGAACCUGACCGGAAGACCUCCAGCAUCGCGGCCCUGAGGAUGAAGGCCAAAGAGCACAGUGCUGCCAUUUCUUGGGCCACAUGA